UGUUGACAGAGAGCCCCCACCCCGUCACUUCAAAGGCAAAGCGACGCGGUUCACCGAGCGGGCCAACCAGCCUCGAAGUUCUUCCAAGAUAUUUAGCCCAGGAGGAGUUUUCUUCUCCACUAUCUGCCCCAGAGGCGACGACCCGUUCAAAGGAAUGCUAGCAAAGCACCCCAAACAGCCCAGGGGGAGAGGGAGGAGGAGCUCUUGGGCCCUCCCUCCUCCGGGCGGAGCUGAGGCGGCGGCUGCUGACAUAUUUUUCCGGGAGGGAGUGAUGCGCGCGCCUGACUGAUGUUCACCUGAGCUGGAUGGGAACGUCUUUGGGACAGGGUCGCCCCCACAGGCCACGCGGUUCCCGCCAGCUACUUUUGAGCCCAGGAGGCGGAGCUGGGAAUUCGCCUCGUUCAUUGUCGCACCCGGGCUUGCCUAGAGGCGUGUCUGUGGAAGGGGAAGAUGAAGUGUGUACUGAUUACCAGUGACGUUGCAGAAGUCCUGUUCUACUGGGCUGACCCAGAUUUCAUGGCAAUUUUGCACCAGCGCUUUGGGGGCCAUGAUCAAGGUGGCGAUAAGCCCCCUGCUUUGGAGGACACCAUCAACACUUUGUUUGCCCCUAUGAUCAUCUCCUGCACAACGCUCUUAGAGAAACUAGGGGACACAUACACUUGCUUCUGUGCUGAAAAUGGCAGACAUCUCUAUGUGUUACAUAUGUUUGGUGAGUUGCUCUACAUUGCCAUGAAUGGCGAUGGCUCCGAGAGUGAGGAUGACUUGCGCCGUAAGCUCUAUGUGCUCUGGAGACUGGCUGAGGCUCACUUUGGACUAGUCACACUUGACAGCCACCUCUUCCGCAGGGAGCUGCGCCCAGUGGAUUCUGAGCAACGUGCUCACAUCUGGGGACUGUUUCAGAGCCUGCUGCAGACUCAUCACCAGCUCCGCCAGGAUGACCAAAGCUUUGCUAUAGAGGCUGUGGAGCGACUGAUCCACCCGCAGCUGUGUGAACAGUGCAUUGAAUUCCUGGAACACCAAGUUGUGCAGCACAUCAAUGGCAGCACAGAGCGCGCUGGGCAAGAAGUAGUGCAUGCCUUCCUGCUCGUACACACCAAGCUACUCGCCUUUUACUCCAGCCGGAAUGCAAGCUCUCUGCGACCUGCAGACUUGCUCACACUCCUCCUGAUUGUGCAAGAUCUGUAUCCCAGCACCACUUCUGAGGAGCAGCCUGCCUGCCAGAUACCUUCCCAGUCUGCAGAGGAUGAGCCAAGUCUUCAGAAGCUCCAAAGCAGUGAGAGUAUCCCAAUGAACAGCCCUUGUUCCCAUGGAUCUUCCCAAGAACAGGUAGCAGAUGAUCUCUCUGUGCCCGAGGAGUUCUACACCCCCAAGGCUUCUCCUAGCCAAGAGAGUACAGGAAGUGCUGCCUGGGCUGAUGGUGUGGACUUUCAGGGUGAGGGGGAGAUGAAUUCUGCUGGCAUCCAGAUGGCUGAGGAUUCACUGCAGUUCCUGGGGCCUCCCACACCAGCAGGUACCAACCCACGAAGAAUUUUUCUGGAUACCAACAUGAAGGAAGGCUACUGUCCUAUGAUGCCCCACAUGAUGCACUGUCUUCCCCUCUGGCCAGGGAUCUCACUGGUGCUCCUCACUAAGAACCCCAGUUCCCAUGUGGCACUUUCCCUCUACCAGCUGCUGGAUGGAUUUCUGGUGCUGGAGAAGAAACUGAGAGAUAGGCAGGAGAAUAAGCAACCUCUGCGUUCUCAGCCAUUCCUCUUGGAACUCCGACAUCGAAUGGACAAGUUUGUCAAGAAGCUGGGUGGGCAAGAGCCACAGUUGCAGAAUGCCUGGCUGGAAUUCAAGAACAGAGCUUUCUCUCGAAACGAGUCUGUGAAUUUCUGCGAGCUUCUGCAGGCAUUUUGCAGCAUCAGGAGGCAGCUCUGUGCUGUGUAUCGGCUUCUCUUUCUCGGGUCCUCGGGGGCCCAAGGCCUGCCUCAGAACAUCCUGGACCAGGCACAGCAGCUGACUCGGGACAUGCUCCAAGACUGGAGGGAUUUCCUGCUAGUGAAGAGCAAACGCAAUGUCACCAUGGUGUCAUACCUGGAGGAUUUCCCAGGACUCGUGCACUUCAUCUAUGUGGACCGCACAGUGGGACAGAUGGUGGCUCCAUCGCUUGUUGUGGCAGAGGACUCUUCUUCAGAGCUAGGCAAGGGGCCUCUGCCUGCCUUCAUUAAGCAGAAGGUAUGGUCACUGGUGGCCCUGGCUCGAAGCUACUUGCAGAAGGGCUACACCACAGUGACAGUCCGGGACGGAGACUACUAUUGCACCUACUUUCUUUGGUUUGAGAAUGAGCUGGGCUACAGGCUGGAGGUUACAGAACUGCCGGUGCUUUCUGAUGAUUCGGCCCCCAUUGGGACAUUGGCUGGUGACUACUACAGGAAAUUGCUCCGCUACUACAGCAGGAAUCAUACAAACGAAGUAGUGAAGUGCUAUGAGCUGCUGACUAUCCACUUGGGCAUCAUGCCAACUGAGUUUGUGAUCCAGCAAGCAUGUAACUUGGCUCGGCGACUUUGGGAGCCAACCCGCAUCCCCCUGCUUUAAGGGGUUUAUUUGCUGCGUCAGCACUAUGUUGGGAGUUCUUUCCCCUUUCUGGACUCUAUUGGGCCUCUGGUCUCUAAUGUCUUUGCUUCCUUUGGGACAGACCUGGCUUGGGUAUUGCAUUUGCCUGACCCACAUUCUACAGAGCUGGCAAACCAAUCUGUCCUGCCUCCCAUACUGAAUCAAAUGUCCUUGCUUCAAAGGAUCUUGGCUUGACUUGGUGCUCUGAAACUAAUGGGAGUGAUUGUUUUCAGAGCAGUGCAGAUGGUGUGGCACUCUGGGUGAAGUUUGGACUGAGGAUUCCAUCCUCUCCUUGUGCAAACAUUGCAUAAAACCUUUUCUAUCUGCAUGAGAAAGCUCCAUAAGCUAGAGCAAUGGUCAGCCAGAACCUGCCUGUGGGAAGAGAUGCCCACAACCAGUUUACCUCUCAAGCAGCUAGGAAUUGUCACAAGCAAGGCCUUCCUUGAGGCCAUCACUCAUGAAAGGGUUUUUGAGAGUAGGCUUUCAGAGCUGGUGCUUAUUUCCUCUUGGCAUCGUCAAAAUUGCUCUGCAGUUGGAAUUUUGUUUUUAUUGCUAUUAAGGAAUCUCAUCUGCCCAUAGUGGAGGAGGCAAGUGUGUGGGGAGAGCCAACUGCAUUAAACCUCCCUAGUGUUAACAGUUACAGGUCUCAGGAUUAAUUCUGUAGGUUUGAAUGCCUUCAGAAAGUUGUGGUUUUAACAUAAAAGAUGCGGAAUUAGGAGAAUACUCAGGAAUUUUUUUCUACUUUUUUUAAAAGUUUCUUCUACAGAACCUAAAAAUCAGGUUGGUUUGCACAUGUAUUUCUGAGACUGAAGUUUGGUUUGGGGCAUGUAAGAUGCUUUCCCAUCAUACAGAAAAAUGCACUUCAAGUAACUAGCGCCUGGAAAGAUGUAUGUGUAUGAACACAUAACAAGCAUAGCUGGAAGCAUCAUACAUACUAAAAAACAUGGACUGAUUGUAUGGUGAGCCAAGCUCAAUGCAGGCUGUAGGAUAGAAAUAUCCCUUGAAAUUGCUAGGUGUGUUGAUUACAAACUCUGUUACCAUUUUAAACUGUAUUUUAGAAUAAUGGAAUAAGCUAAACAAUUUUGUAAACGGACUGAAUAGCAACCUUUCAAAAUAAAUGUUUCACCUUGAUCACUA